CGUAACCCGUCGCAUGUCAUCGUUCGUUCUUUUCGAAAAGGUUUACGUUCGGCGUCGAAGCACAUGUGCGGACGGUCAGUGAAAAAUCGACGAAUUUCCGUGUAAAAUGGUUCCAAAUCUGUGCGAAUUGUGUUCGUGCGAGUAACAAAAGACAUUGUCAAGCGUAUUCAGGCGAAAAACUGAGAAAUCGUUGCGUGGACUGAGCGUGAAUUGCGGUUUGCAGUUGUUGCGGUGCAUUUGCUCUUGACACGAGAGGACGGUCGUUCUGUGGCAAGUCGCGCAGUUCUUGUUGUUGGCGUGUUCGAGUGCGCUCUGAUGACAUUUUAGUUUCGCUCGGCAGCGCGAGUGCUCGCAGUGCUUUCCGGGAUCCAGGGGAAAACUCUCGACAGUAGUCGCCCAGGCAGGCUACGCUUUUCGGUGUGGACUUUGGCGAAUUCAGGUCCGCUUUCUUGUCAACGCGCCUCGCGUGAAAAUUUCUCUAAAUUUCUUCUCGGAACUCGUUUUGACGCUUAAAAUUUUCUCUGUGUGCUCGCUGGAAUCAAUUGUUGGCUCGUCCUCCUUUCGGUGCGGAACAGGGGCUGGAGGGACAUCGUUGAGUGGAACGUCGGCCGGCGGAGUUAUUUAUUUUGGUUGAUUUUGUGCUCGUUCCGGAGGCCAGCAGCUGCGUGUUGUGCGUAUUUCGCCCAUCGAUUAGUCUGAGAUCUUGAGGGAAGCUGGACGUUGGUGUUUUCGUAGCGGUUGCAGUGUUUGACUGGUGUCCUACUGAGUUUGCGGUGUGCGGAGCGGACCUGAGCGGCGGUUUUCAGGGUGGAAAAUUGCAUUUGACAUUUCUCGGGUGCAGAGUCGCAGAGGACGGCGGCGAGUUUUCGAAUUUCGGAAAUUGUGUAACUCCGUCGUGUGUACGCACGAUUACGCCACGCGUCGUUAGCCGACAACGGACGACGAAGCUCCACUCCACGUUCGACUGAUUUGACGUUUCGCUGUGCGGUUGACAACAGCCUUUUACGGCGAUCGGGCUGGUGGCAUUUUAUUUACGUUUCAUUGUUUUGGACGGUGUUUUGGUUGGUGACUGUGUGCAUUUCGGUUGGCUGUUUGCGAACAAAUCUCGGUGGGCCUCAAUUGAUUUGUGUGGUUGCCUCUAAAAGGACGUAAACAGCCUGAGAAAGUGCCUCGCGGGACUUGGUAACCCGAUUCCUGGCUGGGAAAAUGGAUAUCUAAUUUUCCAGCGGUUAACGCAGUUGUUCCGCAAAACACUAAUUAUUUGCCCAGUGCAUAGAGGGGCGCAUCCCUUCGUUAAUUCGUGAGACUUAGACUCGGCGCUUCGACGACGAGUUGUGUCCACUACGAGUUCGGGUGUAGCACUCGCGCGUAGUCCACUUGAAGUGCAUUUUCAAUAGCCUUGAUAUUGAAAACCGAGCAUUCGACCAUGGCUACGUCCACAGUUGCAGCUAAGGAGGAGACAGCUGCUGCGGAGGCAGGUUCCUCCACUUACGCGAAGGUCGUGCUUAACGUAAAAGACGACGAUGGCAAGCAACAAUCCUCGACGUCACUCGACUCGCCCGACACGGCCGGCGAGUCGGAUUCAAACAAGGAAAAUAUCGAUGCUGGCCGAAAGCAGUCUUCAGACCCGUUGAAACGGGAGAUGUCCUGGUCUGCGGAGCCGCCAGCUAAUCCUUCGGCUUCCUUGAUUUCGGCCGAGAAACGUGCGGCCCACGACAAUCAGGAUAACUCGUCUGAAGUUGAUGAUGCGAACGAUUUUACGCCUGUUAUUUCACAUAGCCGCAAGGACCGCAAGAUUCGUCGUAAGGAUCGCCAACGUGAUAAACCUAAUCGGGGGCCACCCGGUUCAAAUGCUGCUUCCAACGGAAAGGGAGCUUCAGCCGGAACGGCACCCAAUCCUUCGACAGGAGGGUCGGCAGGCCCAAAUCCUGAAAAGCGAGGAAAUCGGCCACCUCGUCAGUCUCGGGAUCGCCGGGAGAAGGCCAACGUGAAAUCCCAGCCUCCGAACGAAUCGCAACAGCAGAAGGACGUGCAAAAGGACGCAUCGUCCGACGACAGCGGGGAAAACAAAUCCGAGGAGGCACCAAAGAAGUUUGUGGCUGCACCGCCACCGAAAGUCAAUGCUUGGAAGAUUACAAAACAAGCUUCUGGAAGUCCACAGGCGUCUUCGAUUCCUCUUGAUAAAAGGGUUCUGCAACCGAAGCAACAAUCGAAAGCUUCAGGACCCAAACGUGAUAAUGUCCCGCCCGCUGUUGCGCCGACUGUUGUGAAAGUUACGAAAGAUAAAAAGAAGAUUAACAGCAAGGCUGGAGACUUCUCCAAUGUGGGUGACUGGCCUGUUCUAACUGGGGCGGCUGCCGUGAAGCUUCCCGAUAACAAAAAGACCCCUCCGCCUGCUAAACCUGCUACUGCUGGCAGUGAUACCACUACCAGUCCUGAGUCUGGUGAUAAAACUGCUGAUUCAGAAUCACCAACGUCAAGUAGUGCGGUUAAAUCUAGUCCGGAAGCUGGUACUUCAGCGGCCAAUUCAAGUACUGAAUCAGCGAAAGCUAAGUCACCGAAAGAUGAUUCGUCAUCCCCGAACGGUCAAUCUGCUCAACUUGAAGGGGCAGCCGGCACAUCGUCGAAUACGAAAAAAAUUCCUAAACACAGAUGGCGUCCGUUACAGAUCGAUGUUGCCAAGAAUGCUCGUUCGAAACCUUCGGUACGAAACAGGCGAAUUUCCGGAAAUCGAGGUGAUGAGUACGAAGGUGGCUAUGGGGGCUCAGCACGAAAUCGUCGUUUGAGAACUACGAGUUAUCGAGGACGUCCUCGGGGCGGAGGUGUGGGUGGUCGCAAUCCAACCGCCCGUUCGUCGCAGUAUCGUUCGACACGGUUCAAUAAUAUGAAUCAUGUGGACUACAAAGCGGACGGACUGGAUCCGUCUUUUAUUAUGAUGGGCACUCAUUACUAUAAUGGAAUGCCAGGAUAUAUCGAGAUGGAUGUGGCGGCUGUGAAGGAAGCAAUCAAGAAGCAGAUUGAAUAUUACUUCAGCGAAGAAAAUCUUCGGGGUGAUUUCUUCUUGCGGCGUAAAAUGGAUCCUGAAGGUUUCAUUCCAGUCACAUUGAUUGCAUCGUUUCACCGCGUUUUAGCGUUGACUACGGAUGUCGCUCUGAUACUAACCGCUAUUAAAGAGUCUGAUAAAAUAGAACUAGUCGAUGGUUUCAAGGUUCGCACAAAAGUCGAGCCGACAAAAUGGCCAAUUCAAGACAAUGAAAUAUCGGCCACGGAAGAGCAAAUGGCAUUGAAAGCGAAUUUCGCUGCGGCUCCAUUGCCAAGCAUUCCUCCCCCGCCUUUACCGAGGCACUUUCAAAUUCAGAGUGCCUUAAGUGCAAAAGUUGCUCAAGCAGCUCAGGCAGUAGCCGAUGAUAAGUCAGGUUCUGGAAAAAGCUCCUCAACUAAGGACAAGAAUAAUGACAAUUCGGAAAAGAAGGAUAGCGCUAAGACCGAAAAGGAGGCUUCGGAAACUGCAAAAGCAGAUGAAGAAAUCAAGACUGUAGAACAGAAACCGACGCCGGUGGGGAAGGACAAUAAAAACGAUCAAUCGGAAGCGCCCGUUUCUCCCGAACUGCCUGAAAAUGCAAUGUUGAUGUCGGAGAAUAUGACGACUCUGUGGAAAGAAGUGAAACGACGUUCGAAAAAUUCCAUGGGCAAGGAAACCACCAAAGGUGCUGGUCGCUUUCCAGCAAAACCCCAACCGGUUGAAAAAGAAGAAUUAGAUUUUCAGUUUGAUGAAGAAUUGGAAGUUCCGACUAGCGGACGUGUAAAUAAUUUCACAGAAAACUUUUCGGAUGAUGAGUCUGAUUACGAAUUGUCUGAUCGUGAUGUGAAUAAAAUUUUGAUUGUUACACAAGUCGGUCAUCGCGCUCCGAAACAUGAAGGCUACGACCGAACUGGUGAAUGGACAACUCGCACGAAAAUCACUCAAGAUCUCGAGCAAGUGAUUAAUGAUGGCCUUACGAACUAUGAAGAAGAAAUCUGGACCCAGGAUUCUCGUACUUUUGCUAACUAUAAGACUGUGAACGUUAUUUCCCAGGAGGAUUUUGAAAAGAUUGCACCGAAAUCAACGAAGAAAACCCAACAAGAAGUUCCACCUCCACCGCCACCACCAUAUGAGGAAGAUUUGAAUGCUUCGAAUAUUUCGGCCGGUGGACAUCGUCGAGCUCGCUUCUAUGCAGCUCCUCGAUCCGAAAUGAUUGAUCCUCGAACGCCGCGCAAACGUAAGACCCGGCAUUCGAGUAAUCCACCUGUUGAAUUUCACGUUGGUUGGGUUAUGGAUACCGUUGAACAUCGGCCACGCACUUCCAGUAUGGGUAGUUCGGCGGGUACAAGUCCUACAGCUUCCAGUUACGGAUCAUCUGUACCACAGAGUCUUCCAGUUUUUCAACAUCCAUCACAUGCUCUGCUUAAGGAAAAUGGCUUUACACAGCAGGCAUAUCAUAAGUAUCAGAGUCGAUGCUUGAAGGAACGUCGUCGUAUGGGCUCGGGACAAUCACAAGAAAUGAAUACGCUUUUCCGUUUCUGGUCAUUCUUUUUACGAGAGAAUUUCAAUAAGACAAUGUACAAUGAUUUUCGACAGUUGGCGCUUGAGGAUGCUAAGGCUGGUUUUCGUUAUGGUUUGGAAUGUUUAUUCCGUUUCUAUUCGUAUGGAUUGGAGAAGAAAUUCAGACCGCAUUUGUAUGAAGAUUUUCAGACGGAAACAAUGGCCGAUUAUGAGUCUGGACAACUAUAUGGUCUCGAAAAAUUCUGGGCAUUUUUAAAAUACUACAAACACUCCGAUAAACUCAACGUCGAUCCGAAACUAAACGAAUAUCUCUUGAAAUUCAAAACAAUCGAAGAUUUCCGUGUUGUCGAGCCUGAAAUUAAUGAAAUGCUUCAAGGUGUUGGUACAUUGAAAUCAGGUGCGGAUGCUCGACGUCAUCGAAGCAUCUCAGAAAGUGAAGGUGUUGCGGGGGCCGGUCGAAAUCGGCGAAACACCACAAUACCCAAUCGUAGCGACUAUUUCGGCAAUCAGUAUCACGGCAAUCAUGCAUCAUCCUCAUCACUAUCAUCCUCUAGUCAACAGCAACAUCAGCACCAGCAGCAACGUCGACGAACGGGCUCAUUUGGAACAGGUCGUGUCCGUAGCGGAUCGUUGGGUAACAAACCGCAAAUUGUCCACAGACAGCGCAAAAGCUCAUCGAACGAUACAAAUCAUUCCGUAAAUGCAAAUCAGCCGGGAAAUUUCCGUAAUAAGCCAUCGCGACAAUCGGCUGGGUCAUCGGGAUCAACAAACAAUGCUCAUGUACAGAAGGAAACGACACAAUUGAAAUCGGAAAAACUAACUAGUUCUAAUAACGCUGGCGCGGGCGCUUCUGCAGCUGGCACUGCCUCCAACAAUGCUCCUAGUAAUACCAAAACUGGCCAACAAUCUACCCAGCAGAAUUCUAAAUUAGAUAAUCAACCGAAAAAAUCAUAGUGUGCCAAACAUACAAUAUCAAAGAAGUUGAUGAGAAAAUUUGGAAAACUUUCGAUAUUAUGAAGGGCCGUUAACCAAUCGAAAUUUAUUGUGGUCUUGUUUGGGUAUGAGUCGCCAGAAAUAUUCUAAAGUGUAACCACUGUUCUACUAGCAUUGAUCCUUUGAUAUCCUAUUUAAAACACACACGUUAAAAUAUAUAUUUAAUUCCUACUAAGAAGGAUGUACUUUAUUACGUUUUGAUAUGCACCGAAUCAUACGGGACUUUCCUACCACAUUAACUUCGAUACUUGUUGUUUCCUUCGCCACAUGCGAUCUGCAUACAUUCUUUUUUGUUAACAGAAUCCUCCCAUUCUUAAGGUACCAGAUACAAAUAUUUCUGUUUUUGUUAUAGAAUACGGAUCCAAUGGGGUCGACAUUGGAUCCCUCGCCGCCCGGUGUUAAAAAGACGCAUUUGGAAACAAUGCAUAAUUAUUUUUCGUAAUAUUUUUCAAUAUUAUAUUAUUCUCUUCAUUUACCCCCAAUUCAACUUUUUGAUUGUGUGAAAGUCAAAGUUUAAAUAAAAAAAAAAAUACAAAAAAAAAAUAAAAUGAAAUCGACACUCUCCCAUGAGAGAGUCAUGAAAAUUAUAAAAAAUAAUAAACAAAACGGGAAGAAAUCCUAUGAAAAAAUAUAUGAUAAUAUUAAUGCCUAAUAAUUAUAUUAAAAUGAUGUGUAAACGAGUUUUUAUGAGCUAAUGUUAAGAGGAAAACGAGCAUACGAGAGGAUUGCAAAAGAACGUUAUAUUAUUUUUUUAGUUUUAUAAAAAUAUGAUGAAAUGAUGAAAAUAUGGCUUUGUAAAUUUAUAUACAAUAAUAUGAUUGAUAAUGGUAUGAUGAUAGUUAUAUACAUAGAUAUCCUUGUUCUUACUUUUUCGAGUUUAUACUAUUUUUGUGCGCGAUAAUCUUUUUUUCUCUAAUUUUAGGCUUACCUGUGUACAUAAUUCUUUUUUUUUUUUCUUUUCCAAUUGAUAAUAUAAUAAAAUCGACUUA